AUGCCGGGUGCCUACAAAGGUGAGUGCGGAGAUGAUGUGGACCCAAUGCCUUUCCUGGCCCCGUUGGAGAAGGAGAAGCUGGAGGCUAUUAACAAGUGCUAUGACAUCAAGAAGUCUUGCUGGGUGCGGGAUGAGAAGGAAGGCUACAUUGCGGGAGACAUCCAGUCUGAGAAUGGUGACAAAGUCACUGUGAAGACGAUCAAAAAUACAAUAGUCACACUUAAGAAGGAUGAAGUGCAGCAAAUGAACCCUCCAAAGUUUUACCAGGCUACCGAUAUGGCAGACCUGACCUUCUUGAAUGAGGCCAGUGUCCUGGCCAACCUCCGCUCACGCUAUGUCCAUAUGAGGAUUUAUACCUACUCUGGGCUCUUCUGUGUAACUGUCAACCCAUACAAAUGGCUUCCGAUUUAUGGGGCAAAAGUUGCUCAGCUGUAUAAGGGGAAGAAACGCAGUGAAGUUCCUCCCCACCUCUUCUCCAUCUCUGACAAUGCAUACCAUGACAUGGUGAUGGAGCAUGAAAACCAGUCAAUGCUGAUCACUGGAGAAUCUGGUGCUGGAAAGACUGAGAACACCAAAAAGGUCAUCCAGUACUUUGCCAAUGUGGGUGCCACAGGGGGAAAGCCGGCUCCAGACUGCAAGGGUACCCUGGAGGAUCAGAUCAUCCAGGCUAACCCUGUGUUGGAGGCAUUUGGCAAUGCCAAAACCACCAGAAACAAUAAUUCUUCUCGAUUUGGGAAAUUUAUCCGCAUCCAUUUUGGACCAACAGCUAAGCUGGCUGGUGCUGACAUCGAGAGCUACCUACUGGAGAAAUCCCGCGUGAUCUCCCAGCAAGCGGCAGAACGCAGCUAUCACAUCUUUUACCAACUUCUGUCAGGGAGGAAACCAGAACUGCUGGAGGCACUCCUUUUAACACCAGACCCAAAACAGUAUGUUUGGAUCUGCCAAGGAGUCACAGUUGUGGACAACAUGGAUGACGGUGAAGAACUGAUGCUGACCGAUAUGGCCUUUGAUGUGCUGGGUUUUACUGCUGAGGAGAAAAUGAGCAUCUACAAGCUAACUGGGGGCAUAAUGCACUUUGGUAAUAUGAAGUUCAAGCAAAAACCAAGAGAGGAGCAAGCCGAUGUUGACACAACUGAGGUGGCUGACAAAGUUGCCCAUCUCAUGGGGAUCAACUCUGGGGAGCUGCAGAAAGGGAUCACUAGGCCUCGUGUUAAAGUUGGAAAUGAGUUUGUGACGAAAGGUCAGAACCAGGACCAAUGUGUAUACUCCAUUGGAGCCCUGGCCAAAGCCAUCUAUGACAGAAUGUUCAAGUGGAUGGUUCACAGGAUCAAUAAAACACUGGACACAAAAAUGCAGUGGCAGUUUUUCAUCGGUGUUCUUGAUAUUGCUGGCUUUGAAAUCUUUGAGUUUAAUAGCUUUGAGCAGCUCUGCAUCAACUUCACAAAUGAAAAGCUGCAACAAUUUUUCAACCACCACAUGUUUGUCCUGGAACAGGAGGAAUACAAGAAAGAGGGCAUAGACUGGGUUUUUAUCGAUUUUGGCCUUGACUUGCAAGCCUGUAUUGACUUGCUGGAAAAGCCAAUGGGUAUCUAUUCAAUCCUUGAGGAGCAAUGUGUGUUCCCAAAGGCCACAGAUGCCACAUUCAAGGUGGCCUUGUUUGACAAUCAUCUGGGCAAAUCUGCAAAUUUCCUCAAACCAAAAGGUGGAAAAAAAGGCUCAGAAGUGCAUUUUGAGUUGAUUCACUAUGCUGGCACUGUCGGAUACAACAUUGCAGGCUGGCUGGAGAAGAAUAAGGAUCCGCUGAAUGAGACUGUGGUUGCCCUCUACCAAAAAUCCUCCAUGUCCCUCCUAGCUCAACUCUUCAAAGAAGAGGAAGCUGUCACAGGAACCAAGAAACAGAAGAAGGGAUCCUCCUUCCAGACCGUGUCAGCUUUCUAUAGAGAGCAGCUGAACAAACUGAUGAGCACUCUGCGAAGCACGGCACCCCAUUUUGUACGCUGCAUUGUCCCCAAUGAAUUCAAACAACCUGGUGUCUGCGAUGCAAAUUUAAUACUGCACCAGCUGGCCUGUAAUGGUGUCUUGGAGGGAAUCCGGAUCUGCAGAAAAGGCUUUCCCAAUAGACUUCAGUACCCUGAGUUUAAGCAAAGGUAUUACAUCCUGAAUCCAAAUGUCAUCCCAAAGGGAUUUGUGGACAACAAAAAAGCAUCAGAGUUGAUAUUAGGCUCAUUAGGGUUGGAUAACAUGGAGUACAGGAUAGGACACACAAAGGUGUUCUUCCGUGCUGGAGUCCUGGCCAAGCUGGAGGAUAUGCGAGAUGAGCGGCUGGCUAAGAUCAUGACCAUGCUGCAGGGCUGUCUGAGGGGCAUGCUCAUGAGGAUUGAGUUUAAAAAGAUGCUGGAGAGAAGAAUUGCUCUCAUCGCUAUCCAAAGAAAUGUGAGGAAGUUCCUUCAGCUCCGAUUCUGGGGCUGGUGGAAGCUCUACACAAAGGUUAAACCUUUGCUUCAUGUAGCUCGCCAGGAGGAGGAGUUAAAAGCCAAGGAGGAAGAGUUGCGAGUUGCACUUGAGAAGACAGUGGAAAUGACAGAAAAGAUCAAAGAGCUUGAUGAAAAGCUAGUCACUCUUUCCAAAGAAAAGAGUGACCUGGCCUUAGCCCUAGUAGCUGAACAAGACACCAUAGCGGAUGCUGAGGAGCGCUGUAACCAGCUGAUGAAACAGAAGAUGAACAUGGAGGAGCAGAUCCAGGACAUGAAGGAGAGGCUGGAGGAGGAAGAGGGUGCUGCCACUGCAUUAAGUGCUCAGAAGCGCAAGCUGGAGGGAGAGCUGAUGGACCUGAAGAGAGAUCUGGAGGACCUGGAGUCUACUCUGGCAAAAUCAGAGAGAGAAAAACAGGGCCUGGACAUCAAAGUACGGGGUCUGACUAUAGACCUUGGUCAAAGGGAUGAUACCAUCGCAAAGCUCCAAAAGGAAAAGAAGGCUCUGGAGGAACUGCAACAGAAAACUCUGGAUGAUCUACAAGCAGAAGAGGAUAAAGUAAACUACCUUACCAAAAGCACCAACAAGCUCACCACUCAAGUACAUGAGUUGGAAGAUAACUGGGAACAGGAAAAGAAAAUACGAGGAGAGGUGGAAAAAGCCCGACGCAAAGCAGAGGGUGACCUGAAGAUUACCAUUGAUAAUCUCAAUGAGAUGGAGAGAGCUAAAAUUGAUCUGGAGGAGGUUGUCAAAAAGAGGGACAUGGAAAUUAACCACAUAAAUGCAAAACUGGAAGAUGAGCAGUCUCUCAGCUCAACUCUGCAUAGAAAGCUCAAAGAACAUCAGGCCCGCAUUGAGGAGCUCGAGGAGGAACUGGAGGCAGAGAGGGCAAUAAGAGCCAAGGUUGAGAAGCAGCGAACAGAUCUGUCUCGGGAUCUGGAGGACCUUGGAGACAGACUAGAAGAGGCAGGGGGUGCCACUGCCGCACAGAUUGAGCAGAAUAAAAAGCGUGAGGCUGAGCUCCUGAAGCUGCGCAGGGAGCUGGAGGAGGUGGCACUGCAGGCCGAGGCCAUGGCGUCAGCACUGAGGAAGAAGCACUCAGACACCAUGGCUGAGCUUGCCGAGCAGGUAGAGAACCUCCAGAGGGUUCGCAUAAAGCUUGAAAAGGACAAGCAAGUCAUGAAGGCUGAGAUUGAUGACCUGAAUGCUACCGUGGAGUCAGUCCAGAAAGCGAAGCUGAACGCAGAGGUCCAUGUCCGUAAAUUAGAGGACAGCUUGGCAGAAGCUAAUGCCAAACUGGCAGAGAUGGAAAGGUCCCAAACUGAGCUCAAUGCCAUCAAAAUCCAUCUGUCAGCUGAGAAUAGUGAUCUGAGCCGUGAAGUUGGGGAGGCCCAAAGUAAGCUCAAUCAGAUCACACGGAUUAAAGCUUCACUGACCACCCAGAAUGAUGAGCUGAAAAGACAGGUGGAUGAAGAGUCAAAGGCUCGUAGUGCAGCUGUCGUGAGUUUGGCAAAUGCUCGUCAUGAUCUCGACCUGGCUAAGGAGCAGUUGGAGGAGGAGCAGGAGUGCAAGGCUGAAAUGCAGCGACUCAUCUCCAAGCUCAACUCCGACGUGACUACCUGGAGGACCAAGUACGAGACUGAUGCUAUACACAAAACCGAGGAGCUGGAGGAGACCAAGCGUAAGCUGACUGUCCGGCUCCAGGAGGCUGAGGAAGCAGCAGAAGCAGCACAGGCUCGUGCGGCUAGCCUGGAGAAGGUCAAGCAAAAGCUUCAGGGUGAAGUAGAGGAUCUAACUAUUGACCUGGAGAAGUCCAAUGCUGCUGCAGCUGCCCUUGACAAGAAGCAGCGCACUUUUGAUAAGAUGAUUGCAGAGUGGAGCCAAAAAUGUGAGGAGCUGCAGCUUGAGCUUGAGAACUCCCAGAAGGAAUGUCGAUCCUACAUGACAGAAGUGUACAAACUCAAGACAGCCUAUGAAGAAUCACUUGACCACCUGGAAACCGUCAAGAAAGACAACAAGACCCUCUCUGAUGAGAUCAGAGAUCUCAUGGAUCAGUUGGGUGAGGGUGGGAAGAGUGUUUAUGAGCUGCAGAAAGCUAAGAAAAAGCUGGAGGUCGAGAGAGAUGAGCUGCAACUGGCCCUAGAGGAGGCUGAAGCUUCCCUGGAGGUCGAAGAGGGUAAGGUGGUCCGAGUCCAACUGGAGCUAGCUCAGGUGAAAGCUGACAUUGAUCGCAGAAUUCAUGAAAAAGAUGAAGAGUUUGAAAUCACAAGGAAAAACCACCAGCGUGCAAUGGAGUCACUGCAGGCUAGUCUGGAGGCAGAGGCCAAAGGUCGUGCUGAGGCUUUGAGAAUAAAGAAGAAAAUGGAGUCUGACCUGAAUGAGAUGGAGAUCCAGCUGGAUCAUGCAAACAAGAACAACAGUGAGCUGGUCAAAACCCUCAAGAGACUGCAACAGCAGAUCAAAGAUAUGCAGAUGCAGAUGGAUGAGGACGCACGACAUCACGAUGAGCUGAGGGAGCAGUACAGCCUGCAGGAGCGGCGUCUCUGCCUGCUGCAGACAGAGAUGGAAGAGGUGCGCAGCGGCCUGGAGGCUUCCGAACGUUCCAGGAAACUCCUCGAGCAGGAACUGGUGGACCUCAAUGAGCGCUACAAUGAGCUCAGUGUGCAGAGUCAAGCCCUAAUUAUUUCAAAGCGUAAAAUGGAAGCAGACCUGUUUCGACUGUCCAGUGAGAAUGAGGAGCUGAUCAGUGAGUUCCGUUCUGCUGAUGAGAGAGCCAAGAAGGCCGUCACAGAUGCAUGUCGCAUGGCGGAAGAGCUCCGUCAGGAGCAAGACCACUGCUUACAUCUGGAGAAGAUAAAGAAGAACAAUGAGCUCACGAUCAAAGACCUGCAGCUCAAAGUGGAAGAGGCAGAGGAGCUUGCACUGAAGGCUGGCAAACGAACCAUCCAAAAGCUGGAAGCCAGGGCUAAGGAGUUAGAGAGUGAGCUUGACAGUGAGCAGAAGCGGCACGUUGACACAGUGAAGGCACUGCGUAAGAAUGAGCGCCGCCUCAAGGAGCUGGUCUUCCAGACUGAAGAAGACCACAAAACCAACCAGCGUAUGCAGGAGCUCGUUGAGAAGCUUCAGAACAAGCUGAAGUCCUACAAGCGACAGAUAGAGGAGGCAGAGGAGCAAGCCAACAUGACUCUGUCCAAGUACAGAAAGACAGUGCAUGAGCUGGAUGACGCUGAGGAGAGAGCUGGCAUGGCGGAGAUGGCACUGAACAAGCUCCGCACAAGGAACCGAGCUUCGGUUACCAAGGGCUUCACUAACGUCGAGAUUGUGCAGGUCACUAAAACAGCAAAGGGUUCCUCUGAAGACUAAAUCUCAGUCCAUGCAGGAGCAUGAUGAACAAAGCACUCAUUCCCCACCUGAAGAGUUUCUCUGCAGCCAGUGGGACUGGAGAAGAACAUGAAAGUCUUAAAAUUAAACUUAAAAAGUCUUAAGUAGUUAAAGUCUUAUGUUGUUCAAAUGUUGUUCCAUUUGUCUUGUCGUGUGUUUUGGAAUGUUAGCUGAUGUUUAUGUUAAAUGUGUUUAAUCUGCCUUUGCCUAAAGCUCUUCAGAAGCGCUUCUCGGUAAAGGGGAAUGACUGUGG